UUUUAGGAAAGGUUGGGUUACAGAGUCCGCUUGGAGGAGUAACAGGCGGAACGAACUGCUCGUUUUUGCUUUGUACAACUACAAAAAGAAGAGAGAAAAAGAAGAUUUAUGCUUUAUGUCGCUGUUAUCCACUACGUGAUUUUGUUCUGGGAAAUUUUUAUUCUGCAUGCAUGUUUUUAAUGGAUGUAUUAUAACAUUGUGAAGCGAAGAAUCAGUUGUUCAAACCAUUUAGAGCAAUGGGGAAUUACAGAUUGUGGAUUUUCCUGUGGAUUCUGUCACUUUCUCGUGGCUGCAAAGGUUUCAAAUGCCAGGAUAAUUAUAAGCCCUGUGAAAACGGGGGUACGUGCGUUGAGAAUCAAUCAAGAUGCGUGUGUCGAUCGAACUUCAUCGGAGAACUCUGCCAGUUUCAGGACCCGUGCCACAGGUCCCCCUGUCUGAACGGAGCGCGUUGCAAAAGCUCAGUGGUGGACGGAGCCGUGCAGUACACGUGUACAUGCCAGCGUGGAUACAGAGGGCAAGACUGCUCCCUGGUUGAUGCCUGUGCCACCAACCCCUGCGCCAACGGUGCCCGCUGCUCCAACUGGAACAACCGCUACAACUGCUCCUGCGCGCCCGGCUUCCAGGGCAAGAACUGCCGCAACGACGUGGAUGAGUGCAAGACCUCCAGCGUGUGUCUGAACGGGGGCACCUGCCUCAACACCCCGGGGUCCUUCCGGUGCCAGUGCCAGCCGGGCUUCUCGGGACGGGGGUGCGAGAUCGCCUCCAUGCCGUGCGCCCCCUCGCAGUGUCUGAACGGGGGCACCUGCCGCCAAACCGGAGACCUGACUUACCAGUGCGCCUGCCUGCCAGGGUUCGAAGGUCACAACUGUGAGAGAAACAUUGACGACUGUCCGGGACACAAGUGCAUGAACGGAGGGACAUGUGUGGAUGGAGUGAACACUUACAACUGCCAGUGCGCACCUGAGUGGACAGGCCAGUUCUGCACCGAAGACGUCAACGAGUGCCACCUGCAGCCCAACGCUUGUCACAACGGGGGCACCUGCUUCAACACCAUCGGCCGGCACACCUGCGUCUGCGUGAACGGCUGGACCGGGGAGGACUGCAGCGAGAACAUCGAUGACUGCGCCACGGCCGUGUGCUUCAAUGGGGCCACCUGCCACGACCGCGUGGCCUCCUUCUUCUGCGAGUGUCCGGUUGGGAAAACAGGUCUGCUCUGCCACUUGGAGGACGCCUGCGUCAGUAACCCCUGCAACGAGGGCGCGGUGUGCGACACCAACCCCCUCAACGGCCGUGCCAUCUGCACCUGCCCCCCUGGCUUCACCGGGGGAGCCUGCAACCAGGACGUGGACGAGUGCUCCAUCGGGGCGAACCCGUGCGAACACUUUGGGAAGUGUGUGAACACCGAGGGCUCAUUCCAGUGCCAGUGUGGGAAGGGGUACAUGGGACCCCGCUGCGAGAUCGACAUCAACGAGUGCCUGUCCAUGCCCUGCCAGAACGAUGCCACCUGUCUCGAUCGCAUCGGGGAAUUCACCUGUAUCUGCAUGCCAGGGUUCAUGGGAACGUACUGCGAAGUGGAUAUCGACGAGUGCGAGAGUAACCCGUGUGUCAACGACGGGCAGUGCAAGGAUGUCGUCAAUGGAUUUGUCUGCACCUGUCUGCCAGGUUUUACAGGCUCAAUGUGUCAGAUUGACAUCGACGAAUGUGCCAGCACACCGUGUCAGAACGGUGCCAAGUGUUUCGACAGACCCAACGGGUAUGAAUGCCACUGUGCUGAAGGUUUUGAGGGCACUGUUUGCGAGAGGAACAGUAAUAACUGUGAUCCGGACCCGUGCCACCACGGCUCCUGCGUGGACGGCAUCGCCAGCUUCACGUGUGUCUGCGAGUCAGGCUACACGGGCUACCGCUGCGAGAACCAGGUGAACGAGUGUCACAGCAACCCCUGCCAGAACGGGGGCAAGUGCAUGGACCUGGUCAACAAGUACCUCUGCCACUGUCAUCCCGGGACGUCGGGCACUAACUGUGAGAUUAAUUAUGACGACUGUGCCAGCAACCCUUGUGAUUAUGGCAUCUGCCAAGAUGGAAUUAACCGCUAUGACUGUAUCUGCAAGCCUGGCUUCAUGGGCCCCCUGUGCAACGUAGAGAUUGACGAGUGCAACUCGAACCCCUGUCGCAACGGUGGCACCUGCGUGGACGAGGAGAACGGCUUCCGCUGCCAGUGUCCAGAGGGCUUCCACGACCUGCUGUGCUACUCCGAGGUAGACGAGUGCAGCAGCAGCCCCUGCGUCCACGGGACCUGCCACGACGACGUUAACGGGUAUAAGUGUGACUGUGAGCCGGGCUGGGUGGGGAUGAACUGUGACCUCAACAGGAACGAGUGCCACCCGAACCCCUGUCUGCACGGAGGCACCUGCACGGACCAGGUCAACGGCUACACCUGCAAGUGUAAAGAGGGCUUCAGAGGGAAUUUGUGUCAAACCAACAUCAAUGACUGUGCCUCGAACCCCUGCCUGAAUAAAGGGACCUGCGUUGACGGCGUCGCCAGUUACACCUGUCUGUGUGACCUGCCCUAUACUGGUCGCGACUGCACGGACGUGCUGGCCCCCUGCUCCCCCAACCCCUGUGAGAACGGAGGGGUCUGUGAACACAGCCUAGACUACGAGAGCUUUGUGUGCACCUGUGCUCCGGGCUGGCAAGGUCAGAGGUGUAACAUAGAUAUCAAUGAGUGCGCCACGAGCCCGUGUAAGAAUCGGGGUACCUGCGCCAACACCCUCGGGGGGUUCACCUGUACCUGCCGACCUGGCUUCACCGGGGUCAACUGUGAGACUGACACCAACGACUGCGCCCCUAACCCGUGUCUGAAUGGUGGCAGCUGCGUGGACGGAGUCAACUCCUUCAAGUGCACCUGCAUGCCGGGCUUCACGGGCACCCGCUGUGGCGUGGAGAUCAACGAGUGCCACAGCAACCCUUGCCGCAACGGGGGCACCUGCACAGACUACGUCAACAGCUACACCUGUACCUGCAAGCUGGGCUUCGCUGGCAUACACUGUGAGCUCAACAUCCCUGACUGCACUGAGAGUUCCUGUUUUAACGGAGGGACCUGCUUCGACGAGAUCAACGGAUACACCUGCCACUGCCGGGCCGGCUUCACGGGCUCAAACUGCCAGUUCGAGAUCAACGAGUGUGACUCCCAGCCCUGCUUGAAUGGGGGAGUGUGUCUGGAUGGGUUAGAGUCCUACCGCUGCACCUGCCCACUAGGAUUCACCGGCUCACGCUGUCAGAACAUGGUUGAUUGGUGCAGCAGGUCACCUUGUAAGAACGGAGGACGCUGUCGACAGAAGGACUCUGUUUACAUGUGCGAGUGUCCAAGCGGCUGGACGGGCCGAUACUGUGACAUCCCGAGCCUCUCCUGUGAGGCAGCUGCGUCCCAGAGAGGUUUGGGAAUUGACCAGCUUUGCCGCUACGGGGGUCACUGUGUGAACGCAGGCAGCACGCAUUACUGCCGCUGUUCGAAAGGAUAUACUGGCAGCUACUGCGAAAGUGAGAUCAACCAGUGUGAGCAGAACCCCUGCCGCAACGGCGCCACCUGCAGGAGCUACGUGGGAGGACACAUUUGUGAAUGCAUGUCAGGCUACUCUGGUGCCAGCUGUGAAACUGAAGUGAAUGAGUGCCAGUCUCACCCUUGUCAGAACGGGGGCACCUGCAUCGACCUGGUCGGACACUAUAUCUGUUCCUGCCCCCCCGGGACGCUGGGAGUGCUGUGUGAGAUCAACGAAGACGACUGCUCCCCCAGCUCGGGCAGCCGAGCCCCUAAGUGCAUGAACAACGGGACGUGUGUGGACAAGGUCGGGGGAUACAGGUGCAACUGUCCACCGGGGUUCACUGGGGAACGCUGCGAGGGGGACAUCAAUGAGUGCCACUCGAACCCAUGCAAUCCCUCCAAUACCCUGGACUGCAUUCAACUGCCCAACGACUACCAGUGUGUCUGCAAGCCUGGCUUUAAUGGACGAAGAUGCCAGAGUACCAUCAACAUGUGUGAGUCUCAGCCCUGUCAGAACGGAGGAAAAUGUUCAGGAACAGUCAACUCCGCGCUGGGAUACAGCUGCAUGUGUCAGCUGAACUACGUGGGGCCUAACUGCGAGAGGAGCCUGCUGUCAUGCCGGGAGAUGUCCUGCUACAACGGAGGGACCUGCGUGAACACGCAGCUGGGCGCCCGCUGUAACUGCGCCCCAGGCUUUGCCGGGCCCGACUGCCAACUACGGGAGAACGCCAGCUGUGCUAGCCAGCCUUGCCGCAACGGGGGCACCUGUCGAAAGGACGCCACCUUCCCCUUCUUCCAGUGCCUGUGCCGUCACGGAUUCAACGGCAAAAGGUGCGAGCAGAGUCUCACACGCAUGCUCCUGCCCCUGCCCACGCCUGAGCCCUCCUGCCCGCUGGCGGAGUGCCGGGGCAAAGCCGACGAUGGUGUCUGCGACAGGGAGUGCAACACGCAUACCUGCCAGUGGGACGGGGGAGACUGCUCGCUCACUGCGCACCCCUGGAAGAAGUGCGAGGCGCAGCAGUGCUGGAAGGUGUUUAACAACAGCCUGUGUGACGAGGCGUGCAACACCCCCGAGUGUCUCUACGACAACUUCGACUGCAAGAAGAAAGAGAGGGCCUGCAGCCCGAUCUACGAGCAGUACUGCAUUGACCACUACGCGGACGGGAGCUGCGAUCAGGGCUGUAACAGCGAGGAGUGUGGCUGGGAUGGGCUGGACUGCGCGGGGGGCGUGGCCAAAAACCUGGCGGAGGGCGUGCUGGUCAUCACCGUGCUGCUCCCGCCCCAGGAGCUGCGCCGAACCAGCACAGACUUCCUACAGAAACUCAGCUUCAUCCUCCACACCACCCUGCGCUUCCGCCAGGACGAGAACGGAGAGGACAUGAUCUACCCCUUCUACCGGAGCCAGUCCCGCAUCCAGAAGAGGGAGCUGGAGCAGGAGAUCAUCGGCUCCAUUGUAAACCUGGAGAUUGACAAUCGCCUCUGUGUCACCGGCUCUGACCCAUCCAAGUGCUUCCCCACUGCGGAAAAUGCGGCCGAUUAUCUGGGAGCGUUAUCUGCCGUGGAAAGACUGCGCUUUCCCUAUCCCCUCAAAGAAGUCCGGGGUGAGAGGAUUGAACCACCAGUCGAUCCCGAGUUGAAUAAGCUCCUCCCCCUGGUGGUGGUUGCCGCGGUGAUUCUCCUGGUGAUUCUCAUCCUGGGCGUCCUGGUUGCUAGGCGCAAGCGGGAGCACAGCACCCUGUGGUUUCCGGAAGGGUUCUUCCUGAAGAAGGAGACCAGCAGCAACAAGAACCGCAGGGAGCCGGUCGGACAGGACGCCUUAGGGAUGAAGAACAUGCCAAAGACUGUGGAGCAGAGUUUGCUUUCCGAUCACACUGAACAGUGGCUGGACACUGACUGUCCUGAAGCCAAGAGACUGAAGGUGGAGGAGCCAGGGACCGCUUCGGAUAACGAGGACGCAGUGGACUCUCGGCAGUGGACGCAGCACCACCUGGCCGCGGCCGACAUCCGCAUGCCCCCCUCCAUGGCGCUCACACCCCCCCAGGGGGAGUUUGACAACAACUGCAUGGACGUCAACGUCAGAGGACCCGACGGAUUCACGCCGCUUAUGCUGGCCUCUUUCUGCGGCGGUGGGCUGGAGGCCGAGGUCGUGGAGGAGGAAGACGCAGACGAUUCUUCAGCCAACAUAAUCUCGGACCUCAUCUACCAGGGCGCCAGCCUGGCGGCCCAGACCGACCGGACCGGAGAGUCGGCCCUGCACCUGGCUGCCCGCUACGCCCGCGCUGACGCCGCCAAACGCCUGCUGGACGCCGGAGCCGACGCCAACGCCCAAGAGAACACGGGCCGGACACCGCUCCACGCUGCCGUGGCUGCAGACGCACAGGGAGUCUUCCAGAUCUUGAUCAGAAACAGAGCCACGGAUCUGGACGCCAGGAUGUACGACGGCUCGACAGCUCUUAUCCUCGCAGCCCGUCUGGCUGUGGAGGGCAUGGUGGAGGACCUCAUUGCGUGCCACGCCGACGUCAACGCUGUCGAUGAAAUAGGUAAAUCCGCCUUGCAUUGGGCCGCGGCCGUGAACAACGUGGAAGCAACUCUUGCGCUUUUGAAGAACGGAGCAAACAAGGAUAUGCAGGACCUCAAGGAGGAGACUCCUCUGUUCCUGGCCGCUCGGGAAGGCAGUUGCGAAGCUGCCAAGAUCCUGCUGGACCACUUUGCCAACCGGGAGAUCACGGACCACAUGGACCGCCUCCCCAGAGACAUCGCGCAGGACAGGAUGCACCACGACAUCGUGCAGCUGCUGGACGAGUACAACAUCGUGCGCAGCCCCCAAGGCCACGGGAUGCAGGGGCACCACAUGGCAGGAGGCCACACCCUGUCCCCGCUCAUGUGCCCGCCCGGCGCGUUCAUGCCAGGCCUCAAACAGACGGGGCAAGGGAAGAAGUCGAGGCGACCGAGCGCCAAGGGGGCAGGCCAGCAGCAUGCCAGCCUGGUGCGAGAAGCCAAGGAGUCUGCCAAAGCCAGGAACAAGAAGCUGUCGCUGGACUGCCAGGGAUCGUUGAUGGAGAGUUCGGUCACCCUCUCGCCCGUCGACUCGCUGGAUUCUCCUCGCGGGGGCUACGUGACGAACCCGGCUUCACCGGCCAUGCCGUCGGCGGGGAUCUUCCACCAGGCUUCGUCUAUGUCAGUUCCCACCACCCCGGUGGUCCGUGGCCUCCUGGACGGGCCCUUUGCCGUCUCCCUGGCGAGGCUGAGCGAUAUCGGAGAGCUGCCGGGUCCAGGUCAGAACGCAGCCAUCCUGUCGAUGAAUUCCAUGCAGCCGCGUGUCUCCAUGUCCUCGGUCAACGUCGGCACGGGGCAGCCCAACUACGUCCUGAAUGCCGGCCAGCUGGGGCUGAACCUGGGUAUGGUGAGCCCGGUGAGCGUGCCUUUCGACUGGCACACCCGCAUCCCCACAUCCCAGUGCAACCAGCAGGUCAUCAACCUGGUGCACCCCAUCCAGACCCAGGCUGGCAUGCAUCAGCAGCAUCAGCAAGCUGUUCUCCAGCAGCAGCAGCAGCAGCAGCAGCAGCAGCUGAUUCUCCAACACCAGCAACGUAUGUUCCACGGAUCUCAAGUCCUGGUUCAGCAGCACAGCCCGGUCAAAAUGCAAACAGUGGCCGAACAGCAAAAGCAGAUGAACCAAGCCCAGCAGCAGCAGCAGCAGCAGCAGCAGCAGCAGCAGCAAAUGCAAACCUUGGUCAACCAGCAGAAAUUGGCCCGGCUUGGUUCAGCCACCCCACCAGAUGCUCAGCCUCCUCCUCCUCCUCCUCCUCCUCCUUCUCAAACUCCGACUCAGCAGCAGCAGCCACAGCCACAGAACGUGUCCCAAGCCCCGCAGUUCUUCAAGCAAAUGAGCAACCCACCCGCGGAGGAUUACCCGACCCCGCCUUCCCAGCACAGCUACGCCUCGACCCACGACGCCACACCCAAGCAUUACCUCCAUCUGCAGAACGAGCACCCCUACCUGACGCCCUCCCCCGAGUCCCCCGAGCAGUGGUCCAGCCCUUCUCCUCAUUCCAUGUCUGACUGGUCAGACUCCACCCCUAGCCCAGCUGUCGUUGGUCCAGCCCACACCCAGCUCCCCCACAUGCAGGAACUGAGCACCAAGGUGCAGGUUUUCGCAUAAAGAAGACCUACAGCAACAAAUAGGGAGGGAUACGUCUCUCUAUCGUACAGUACAGUAAAACCUGUUUUUUUUUUCAGGUUUUACGGUUAUUUUUGUAUCCUCCUUUUUCUUUGCAUUCUUUUGCAAGCAAAAAAAUAAGGGUGGGGGAAAAGAUGUUGUUGUCUUAAGGAAAAGACAUUUUUUUUAUUGUAUGAAGUAAGACUUUUUGUACAGAGCACGCUCUGGAACUUGAAAAAAAAAAGAGAAAUGAACAUGAAAUAUGAAGAAGAAAGUUCUCCUGUAAAGAAGAAAUGUUUUUUUUUGGUUUUGUUUUUUUCUAAAAAGAAGUUUUGAAGGAAAUUUCUUAAUGUUCUUUUUUAUUUAUUACUUUUUUCCUCAUGAUUAUAUAAUAUCACUGCCUCCUUUUCUCUCUUGCCUGUGUAAAUAUAAGAUGUAAUGUUUUCUGCGUCUCUCUGACGGUUCGUGAAAGUGGGUUUAGGAUCUUUCCAAUGGGGCCUUUAAAACAAUUGCUGAUGUCUUGUUUUUAGCAAAACUUAGCUCACACUUCAUACACGCUGGGCAGCAGUAUUUAAGGAAUGCUAGAUAUUGCAAGUAUCUGUUUUAUUCUCCCAACUUUAAAACACUCCAGCAUAAAGAAAUAAAGUCAUGAAUAGAGAAUAAGGCGUCAAGUUUAGCCACAGCUGAUUUUUUUAGAGCAUUUUACAGUGCUAGACAACACUCAGAACUGCCUUAACCAUCUAUCCAUGGUUACCCCAGGGUGCAUAGUGGGUGCAAUACUAAUGUAUUCCCUGGUGCUGUAAAAUGCUCUACAUGUCCAGCUGUGGCGUACGCUGGCUAGGGUGUGUGCAGACCAAAUCUACCCCUUAGAUUCUUUCUGAAAAUACUUCCGUUUGCAGUUACAGACGAACAAGAAGAAACAGAUACUCCCAAUCUCACUCACACAUCUUCUUCAAGUAGCGCAGUGCUUUUCCCGAUUGUACAAGAGAAGCCAACACGACAUUUGCACAACACGACCAAGUAAUGUUGUGAUAUUUCUUUUUUUUUUUUUUUUUAAACUGCCCUGACCGUUGUUAAGACAGUAUUAAAUACUCGCUGGUCGCAAGGUUAAUCACUGCCAAUUAAUACACUGUGCGAUCGCCUUACCAUUCAUUCUGGCAAGAAAACAGCUGAGGUUGUGUAAGGACAGUUUUUGGAAAAGGGAACGGGAAGCCUGUGAAGUCUCUUAAAUGUUACACGUUGCUGUUGGGGGGGGAAAAAAGAAACAAUUAAUUGAAGGCAAGGGCGAAAUCCACCAGGAGGCUAGAAGGUGUAGUUUAAUGUAGAGGGAUUGCUAUUAAAAAAGUUAUUUCCCCGUUCCCUGUCAAAAUGUGAUCCAGAGGACAGCAGUGUGACGAAGGCGUUUUUAAUCAAGGACUAACAGAAUGUUAGCGCUAGUGUGUGUUUUGCGCCCCCUUGUGCUUGGAGGUAUUGUUGAACAGCGCGAUAAAGCAGGGAUACGACACAGUUCGGCCGCUUUCCUCCUGUUGCGUGGUUUACAGUUUGUUUUAUCACAGCAGAAGCAGGGGCGCAAAUCUUCAUGGUCUCCCUAGCCCAAGAGCCCGGAAAAAAAUAAAUAAUCAAAUCAGAUAAAGAAAGCAUUCCAGUGAGAAGGCGUAGCCCUAGAAUUAGGUCUAACGGUAAAUAGUUUGAAUCCAUAUUGGAAUUAAGUAUCUUAAAUAGGGAGUCCCUCUUAAAAAAAGAGUUUCAGCUAAAAGGGAAUAACAUUUUGCAGCCACUACCCAUCUGCCAUUAUUAUCACCAUUUUUGUGUUUUGUUGUUUCACAGGAGAACUGUACUUAACUAAGCUUAUAAACAUGGCUGCUAUGUUCAGUGUUUCUCACCAAUUUGUAAAUUGAAUUAAGCAUUGCCGUAAUCAGUCAUCAGUAUUGUAGUGUAGAUUUCAGUGUGUUGGUCCUGAUUGUCUUCUUGCCAUUGUCUCCGGUUUUAUUCAAUUCGGGGCCCAAGUGAAAUGGCGUCUUGUGAAUGUUUACAAGGGAAUUGGGUUUAAAUAGUUGCUGCUAUGCAGCCCCGCCCCUCUUAAGACAUUAUUAAUGAGCCGCUUUUUCAAUCAGCCAAUCCCAAAGCACCAAUGGGAGGAGUAAGCCCAGUGCCACACCCACAAACUCACAAACUAUAAAACAGAUUUUUUUUUCUCUCUUAGAGUUGGCAUGCAAGAAGGGCAACGCGUUGAUUUUUUAAAAAAUUUUUUAGGUAUUAUCAUUUGUAUUAUCUUAUUAAAAAUGGUGGUUGGAAGAUCACAGUUGUCUUGCUCUGGGACUACUAACUUGGACUAUGUUUGGUUAAAAAGGAAACAAACAGCUUGGAUGCAGCAUUGAAAAAGAUGGAAAAAAAAGGAAACACACACACCCACAUUCCUAACUGUUUUCCUUUGCUUACUUGUAAGCAAGCUGGUCUGUGUAUGCUUCUAAGUCACUAAAGCAUGGAUGCUUUACCAAGGGAGCUGUCCUGCAUCCAGAUUUUAACACACAAAAUUUUGGGGGCCACCUCAUUACUGGACAAUCAUUCCUUGCUGCUAAUUUGUACUUCCGAAAGCAUUGUUUUAUCCUGUGUGAUGAACUGUGCCGGUAUUGUAAACGCAUGGUGGGUUCAAUCACAAUAACAGCGCAGCUGCUAUAGGAUUUCUGUCAUGUUACAUACUGGUGCUUUAGCAGCACAAUUCAGUCAUUUUAAUUUCAUUUAGGUUUCAGUCACUGUGCAUAACUGAACCAUGUUAAGUGCCCUAUCUAUGUAUCUGUUUUAUAAUGCAUAUAUGUUUUUUUUUUUUGUUUCCCCAAAGUUUUGGCAGGACAACUUCUUAAACUCCAUAGAGUUCACACAAACUGUUUUAAAAUUUCUAAAAAAAAAAAAAAUGUAAAUAAAAAGAGGGUAUAAACCUCUGGGGAUGGAAAUAGGUCUCUAAUUGCAAAGAGGUCUGAUCCAUUGCAGAUUUUACUUUGAGUUUUGAUCAUUACAGCCGCAGUGGCUAAUCACACAGUACAGCCCACAGUGGAUCAUGUAGCUAUGCAGUCAGAGUUUAAAUUAUAUAUAUAUAUAUAUAUAUAUAUAUAUAUAUAUAUAUAUAUAUAUAUAUAUAUAUAUAUAUAUAUAUAUAUAUAUAUAUAUAUAUAUUUAAUCACCUCAUUGCGUUCUCAUUUAAAACUUUGAAAUAGAUUUUGGGGACUUAAAAACAUAUUUGACCAAACCAAUGUACAUGCAAGUAUAGCUCAAAAAACUCCAUGGAGACAUUCCUCUGCUUCUGUGAAUUAUUUUCAUACUUACUUGUAUCAACUACCUUUUCAACGCAACUCCACAGAAAACAAAUGCUCCGUGUACAUUUCAGAAUUCAUGAUCUUAGUUGUAAAUACACCGAUUUGAAGUAGUUUAUUUACUGUAGGAGUCUUAUUUGUGUUAAAAAAAUGUAUGUACUAAAAAAAAAAAAAAAAAAAAAAUCCUAUUAGCAAUAUUGUGAAACUGAAGAUGUGACCAAUAUUUUCUUGGUCUUUGUAUUAUUAGGACAGUUAUAGAUUAUUAUUUUUAUUAAUUCCAAUACUUGUUAAAAUGUAGUUAAACUUGUACAGAAACCCCUUUUCACAAUGUUUGUAUGCAGCUACAAGUUGUAAAGUUACUGCUAAUAAAACUGUAGGUAACUACAAAA